AUGCAGCACAGCCAACUGGGCAGCAAAUCUUCGCAGCAGGACACGCCCGUGGAUGGAACAGCCUGGGGCUUUAAACCCCUUGCCGAGGAUGACAGCAGCCCACAGCGGGAUCUACAGGUGUAUGGCUCGUACAAGACUUUCCCCUAUAAAUGGAAAAGCUCCAGUAAACCACUGAAGCUCAUAGUCACAGGUGUGGACAGAAAACCCUCCCUCUCGGCUCACUGGGGCACCUUCUCCAAGAAGACCCCCUCUAAGAAGCUCAGUCUGCGGUAUCACUCAGAGACCUGGUGUGAGGCUUUCGUUCUUUCCAGGAACGGAAGAGUAGAAUUUGCCCAGAACCUAAGCUCCAAGUACAGAGCUGGGGCUUUUGAGGCCGACUUUCCUGUGAAUGCCAUCUUCCUGAUGCACCCGGGGACCUACAGAUGCUACCACGGUCUACACAAGAACUUCCCCUACCUCUGGUCAGAACCCAGUGAUGUCCUGAUGCUCCCAGAGAGAGAUGCUGCCCCUGGGAACCACGAUGCAGAGAACGUCGUCCGCUUCGCUCUGGCUGCAAUGUCUCUGGUGAUCCUGGGGGUCUUCCUGGUUGAUGCCUGGUUCAGCAGAAAGGAUUUCAAGAGGAAGUCAAGAGCUCGUUAGCCUCAGCCGACCAUGGAGGAGCCCUCAUAACUGUGACCCACACCCCAAGAUUCUCCGCUGCACAAUGCUUCAUUCGAGUGCACAGCUCUGGCCACUGCUCGUGUUCCCUUUGGGGAGACCCUGGAGCGGAAGACGUCAAGACAACGGUGGAGGUUGGCAAGGAGGAGUCAUCAGCCCUUGGUUCAACCCACAACUUUUCUCCCCACGUCAGCUUCCCCGUGCUUCUCCACGCUCUCUGGCACUUGUGAUCCCAGGCUCUUCCGAAAUCUUCUAUCCUCAGCUUUUGGGGUUCAAGACAAGUUUUCUCCUCUCUCUGACUCACCCCCCUCUGCUUUUUCUUCUUCUCAAUUCCAUUUCAUCAGAUCCACCAAAUCUUCUCCGUCAACCUAUACCUUCUCUUGCCACGCCAUCCAACCCCGGGAAUAUCCUCCUAGUGUGUCACCUCUAAGGAGAUGACCCCACUCCUGAAUUUCCAGCCCCAAAGGGCUCCUUGGACAGACUCUCAUUUUAAGCUCUUUGUUGGACACAUGUUAAUGAUGGUUGCUCCUGGCCACAUGGGGAAAAUAGUGCCUAUUCGUGAGGUAUUGUGUUUAUCUCCUGUCCCUCUCUCUACUCUCUUGCUGCAGGUGCUAUGGUGUCCCCACUGGCUGGGGUCCAGGCACAUAAGUCCCAUCCACCCACAUUUCACUAUGCCCUCAUUGAACACUUCUCCCAUACGAUGUGUUUUAAAAUAACAGCAA